GACCAUGAGCGCAGAGGCUGCCCCAGCGCCCAUCUUCCAGCCGGGAGAGGACUGCAGGCCCUCCUGGCAAGAGGCGCCCGCCGGCUACGAUGGGCCCGACACGCACCUGCAGAUCCUGGGCAAGCCGGUGAUGGAGCGCUGGGAGACCCCCUACAUGCACUCGCUGGCCGCCGUGGCCUCCUCCAGAGGGGGACGGGUCCUCGAGGUCGGCUUUGGGAUGGCCAUCGCGGCCAGCAAGGUGCAGGAAGCCAACAUCCAGGAGCAUUGGAUCAUCGAAUGCAACGAUGGCGUCUUCCAGCGACUGCAGGAGUGGGCGCAGCGUCAGCCCCACAAGGUUGUCCCCUUGAAAGGCUUAUGGGAAGAGGUGGUGCCCAACCUGCCUGAUGGACAUUUUGAUGGAAACAGAGGCCCUAAGAAAUGGUCAACAAGAUCCAUCUCUCCAACAUGCCUCUGGGAGUUGACCUGGGCCUUUCUUUCUCUUGUGCCGUAGGAGACCCAGAUUGCAGCCUUGGUGGAGGCAGGUUUCAUGAAGGAGAAUAUCAGUACCACUGUGAUGGACCUGGUGCCCCCUGAGGAAUGCCGCUACUACUCCUUCCCCAAGAUGAUCACCCCUACUGUCAUCAAAUACUGAGGGCUGCCCAGCUUCUUCCUCCUCCUAGGCUGACUGGAACUGGGACACUGGGGACUCUCUAGCCUGCCAAAGCCCAGAGAGAACAGUUUGCUCCUACUCCUCCCCCAACACGAUCACCCCCACAAUCUUCAGACACUGAGGGUUGCCCAGCUUCCUCCUCCUACCAGCCUGACCAGGGUUGGGAGCACAGGCUAUCUUAGGAUUGCCCAGUAGAUCCUGGGCAACUUGAUGCAAGAAGAGAGGCAGACUGAAUGGGGUACCAUGGGACUCUCUAGGUCUGCCUCUUGACUUAAGGCCUCAGGGAUGGCAAGAAGGCUUCCCAAGGCUCAGGGUUUUUCUGCUUUUUUAUUUGUCUGUCAGCUUAGCCCUUAUAAGUCCUUAUUUGUUUCAUCUGCAAAAUGGGUAUGGACCUGCUUGACAGAAAUUGACCACUCUCAAAGCUAAUAAAUCAGGCUAUCUAAAUGAAAA